GGGGAGGGGCCUAAGGUGCGGCGGGCUCGGGGCGGGGAGGGGGCGGCUUCCGCCCCGGCUCGGAGCCGGGAACCGAAAGCGCCCGGAAAGCAGGCGGAGCCUGAGGGUCGCGGAAGGCGGGCGGGGGAAGCCGGGCUGGGUCGCUGCCACGCCUGACCCUCACCCGUGUGCCUGCUGUCCCAGGAGGCCAACUACUACGGCUCGCUGACUCAGGCGGGCACCGUGAGCCUGGGCCUGGACGCCGAGGGCCGGGAGGUGUUCGUACCUUUCAGCGCGCUGCUGCCCAUGGUGGCGCCGAACGACCUGGUGUUCGACGGCUGGGACAUCUCAUCGCUAAACCUGGCCGAGGCGAUGCGGCGCGCGCAGGUACUGGAUUGGGGCCUGCAGGAGCAGCUGUGGCCGCACAUGGAGGCCCUGCGUCCGCGACCCUCGGUCUACAUCCCGGAAUUCAUCGCCGCCAAUCAGAGCGCGCGCGCCGACAACCUCAUCCCGGGAACGCGUGCGCAGCAGCUGGAGCAAAUCCGCAGAGACAUUUGCGACUUCCGGUCUAGCGCUGGGCUGGACAAGGUUAUCGUGCUGUGGACGGCGAACACGGAGCGCUUCUGCGAGGUGGUCCCAGGUCUCAACGACACGGCUGAGAACUUGCUGCGUACCAUCCAGCUUGGCCUGGAGGUGUCGCCGUCCACGCUCUUUGCUGUGGCCAGCAUUCUGGAAGGCUGUGCAUUCCUCAAUGGCUCUCCACAGAACACGCUGGUGCCCGGUGCGCUGGAUCUUGCGUGGCAGCGCCGUGUCUUCGUUGGAGGCGAUGACUUCAAGUCAGGCCAGACCAAGGUCAAGUCUGUGCUUGUGGACUUCCUUAUUGGCUCUGGCCUCAAGACCAUGUCCAUCGUGAGUUACAACCAUCUGGGCAACAAUGACGGGCAGAACCUAUCUGCGCCGCCGCAGUUCCGCUCUAAGGAGGCGUCCAAGAGCAACGUGGUGGACGACAUGGUGCACAGCAACCCCGUGCUCUAUGCGCCAGGCCAGGAGCCUGACCACUGCGUGGUCAUCAAGUACGUGCCAUACGUCGGCGACAGUAAGCGUGCACUGGACGAAUACACGUCAGAGCUGAUGCUGGGGGGAACCAACACGCUGGUGCUACACAGCACGUGCGAGGACUCGCUGCUGGCCGCGCCCAUCAUGCUGGACCUGGUGCUGCUGACUGAGCUGUGUCAGCGGGUGAGCUUCUGCACCGAUGCAGACCCGGAGCCGCAGACUUUCCACCCAGUGCUGUCGCUGCUCAGCUUCCUCUUCAAGGCGCCACUCGUGCCGCCUGGCAGCCCAGUGGUCAAUGCGCUCUUCCGCCAGCGCAGCUGCAUUGAGAACAUCCUGAGGGCCUGUGUGGGGCUCCCGCCACAGAACCACAUGCUCCUGGAGUUCAAGAUGGAGCGCCCAAGUCCCAGCUUCAGGCAAGCUGUGCCUGUGGCUGCCACCUGCCCUGCGCCAGGCAAGAAAGGACAGGCACCCACUGCGUCCAACGACUGCACCGGCAAUGCCAAUGUGUACCUGCAGGCAGGAGCACCCCAGAUGCCCACCACCUGAAACUGGUCACACAGCACCCCAGCCCCUUCUCCUGUUGCUUCACGACCCACCCUUCCCAGGCCCCCAGAGACAAUAAAGCCGGUGUCACUAUCAGCCUAAA